UUUUCUCAGCAGAGUCUCUCACCAACCCAGUGCUACAGACUCCCUCUUUAACAAUGUCCGUCAGAGCCAUGAAGACCACUACUUACUCUACUGCGUCUUCUCACAGGGGCCCAUCUCAAGGCUUCAGCAGCCGGUCCUACUCUGGCUAUGGUGGUGCCAGGCAGAGCAAUGCUGUCCGCAGCUCCUACGGGGGAGUGGGCAGCUGUGGUGCCAGUGUGGGUGCCGGGGGGUUUAAGAUGGCCGGUGGGUAUGUUGCUGGAGGUGCUUCUCAAAGAGGUGGUGGGGUAGAGUUUGGUUACAUGGGGUUUGGUGGAGGUAUGGGAGGUGGCAUGGCCAAUGAGCUGAUGGCCCCCAUCACAUCAGUGACUGUGAACAAGAGCCUGCUGGCGCCCCUGAACCUGGAGAUUGACCCCAACAUCCAGGCUGUCCGCACCCAGGAGAAGGAGCAGAUCAAGGGCCUCAACAACCGCUUCGCCUCCUUCAUUGACAAGGUGCGUUUCUUGGAGCAGCAGAACAAAAUGCUGGAGACCAAGUGGAAACUUCUGCAGGAACAGACCACGUCUCGCUCCAACAUCGACACCAUGUUCGAAGCUUACAUCGCCAACCUGCGCAAGCAGCUCGACAACAUGGGUCAUGAAAAAGUCAAGCUGGAAUCUGACCUGCAUCACAUGAAGGACCUAGUCGAGGACUUCAAAACCAAGUAUGAAGAUGAGAUUAACAAGCGCAAUGAAUGUGAGAACAACUUUGUCCUCAUGAAAAAGGAAACAGAUGCAGCCUACGUGAUUAAGACGGACCUGGAAGCCCAACUGGACGGGCUCUCUGAUAAGAUUGACUUCUUGAGGCAGAUCUACAACGCAGAAAUCAGUGAGCUCCAGGGCCAGAUCAAGGACACAUCCGUUGUGGUCGAGAUGGACAACAGCCGUUACCUUGACAUGGACGCCAUUGUCGCUGAGGUGCGCGCCCAGUAUGAGGAUAUCGCAAACCGCAGCAGAGCAGAAGCUGAGUCGUGGUACCAGACCAAGUACACAGAGAUGCAGCACUCAGCCAGCAAACAUGGUGACGACGUGAAGUCAACAAAGGCGGAGAUCGCUGAAAUUAACCGCAGGAUAAUGAGGCUCCAGUCUGAAAUUGAAAUGGUUAAAGCACAAAGAAUCAAUUUGGAAGCUCAGAUCACAGAGGCCGAGGAGCGUGGUGAGCUGGCAGUGAAGGAUGCUAAACUCCGCAUGAGAGAGCUGGAGGAGGCUCUGCAGAGAGCCAAGCAGGACAUGACCAAUCAGGUCCGCCAGUACCAGGAACUGAUGAAUGUGAAGCUGGCCCUGGACAUUGAGAUCGCCACCUACAGGAAGCUGCUGGAAGGAGAGGAGGACAGGUUAGCAACAGGAAUCAAGAUCAAUGUAGCAAAACAGACAUCUGUGAACUACAGUGCCUACGGCCAAGAGAGCUACCGCACCCCAGUCUACACCAGCAGCUCCUUUGGAGGAGUCAAAGCCAGCAGCUCCUUUGGAGGAGUCAAUGCCAGCAGCUCCUUUGGAGGAGUCAAUGCCAGCAGCUCCUUUGGAGGAGUCAAUGCCAGCAGCUCCUUUGGAGGAGUCAAAGCCAGCAGCGGUUCCAUCACUUCCCUGGAGGGAGGAGCGGUGAAGAGCACCACGAUCACCAAGACAGAAACCGUGGUGAUCAAGACAGAGGUGGAGGAGAAGAAGACAGAGGUGGAGGAGAAGAAGACAGAGGUGGAGGAGAAGAAGGAGGAGCAGGCGGUGAUCGAGGAGCCGGCUACAGUGGAGCAGGAGGAGCAGGAACAUGUGGAGGACGAGCCCGAGGCUGAGCCUGAAGCUGUAGCUGAGGCUGAGGCUGUGGCUGUGGCUGAGGCUGUGGCUGUAGCUGAGGCUGUGGCUGUAGCUGAGGCUGUGGCUGAGGCUGAGGCUGAUGAGUGAUGAGCUCUGGUUUACAGUUUUUGUCCUUGGUUGUUAUGAAUAAACACUGCUUUUUCUUCCAGUUUUUUAAUUGUAGAUUCACCAAAGUGCCUUCACUCAAUACACAGACACAACUUUCUGUCAGAUGAUGAAGGGAUGAUAACUGAUGAUAUUUUAUUCUGGUCUCUGGAAACUUGUGAAGGCUGAGAAAUUCUGUAUGUGUGCGUUUUAUUAUUGUAACUGUGGUCUUGCUGCACCAUACAUGUUUAGCCAACAGGUGGCAGUGCUGUAUGUGUUUUCCUCUGCUGUUUCCUUUAAUGUUUGAUGAACAGGUAGCACUGUAAAAACUGUUAUUCAAAUUAAAUUAAAUUUAAUUUGAGCACUUUGGAGUAAAAUAAAACAUUACCAUGCUAAACUCCUAAAAUUUCUGUAUCCAAACAGUAACAUUCAAAUCAAAUUCUCUUCAUGACUUUUUUACUUAGAAAUACUUUAGUAGUUUUUCAGUGUGCUGCUGCUGCAACACCUGGGGUCCUGUUUGGUCAACAAUAAAUCUUCUUAAAAAAGUAU